UGUGACAAAAGGCUUUUGUGAACGUUCACUAUGCCAUUAUGUAUUAGUUGUAAGCUUUCCUAUGUGUAUACAAUGUUGUUUAGCUUGUUUAUUUUAAAUCAGAAUUAGGUUUAUAAGUAAAGUGUAUGAACCUAAAAUACAUUCUUAAGAAAAAUUUAUGAACUAUUUCUAUCUAAUAUCAUUUAGAAAUAAAAUUAACACAGAAGAUGAAUAGCAGUUCAGGAGAGAGUAAUGCCCCACUCGAUUUUCACAUUUCUUCGUCUUCUGAAGACAAUUGCAAAUUGGGUAUGUAUGCUGAAGAGGCCGAAGAUUGUCCAUUGUGCUUUAAGCCAGGAAGAAAUUUUUACUGCAAAACUUGUAUUAACCAUGGCGAAUUUACUGUUUCUAGUGGAGUUCGUGAGGAGAAGUUUUCAGAUAUGAAAAUGAAAUUUCUUAUGCUAAUGAAAGAAAAGGUUUUAACUGAAAAAUUGUGUGAGAAAGCCUUAGCCAAUAAAGUCAAGGCUGCACAAUUGUUGAGUGAAAUAGAAGUUGUGGGUGAGAGAAAUAACAUUCUUAAGCAAUUAUUGGAGGAUACUAAAAAAAACAUUUCUGAAAAAGAAAAAAGUUAUUCUGAAGCCAAACUUCAGAAUUCAAUAAGGUCUGUACGAUUGCUUAAGUAUCGAGAUAGAGUUGAGAGACUCAAAAGAUAUGUAGAUGAUAAACUCAUUGAAAGAAAAGAAUUAAUUACUAAUCUGAUUCAGGAACAGGAAGAAUUAAAGCAGAGAAGGCGAACAAAUAUCCGACAGUUGGUAACUUAUAUAUUUCCUAUAUCAGUCGUAGAACCAUCGCAAAAACAGGAAUUACAUUCAACUGUAAGUGCAUUAGAAGAAGCUUGUCAAACCGCGUUUGUUCAAGGAAAAUGGAUUUCUCCAAUUAUGUCCUUUGAGCGACAGCAUCGCAUUGUUGCUCCCACACUUCCUGCUUCUGGUGAUUAUUCAGCAUAUAAUGACUGGGUUGCUGCAAAUAAGGAGUGUGUGCCUAGUUCAAGUAAUAGUAAUAGUGUAGAUUUCAAUCCAGCAUACAACAUAAGUGCUGCUUUAACCUAUACAACACAGUUAGUAAAUAUGCUAGCUUUCUUCUUAGAUGUGAGGUUGCCAGCAAAGUUGUGUUACAGUGAUUUUUGUACCCAUGAAAUGAGUAAAAAUAAAUUUACAAAGAAAGUGGCUCGUUUAAAUUGGAAUGUUUUACAUCUUUGCCUUUCACAAAAUGUGGAUCCACGCUUGCUAAAUCCAGAAAGAACUUUGAGUAAUCUUGUACUUCUCCUUGAUCAAACAGUUUCUGAUUUGGGAAGAUCUUCGACUCCAGAUAUAAAACCUGAAGAAUCAAGAGUGCUUGAGGAUGCUUUAAGGCCAUAUUUAGAAAAAGAUGAUCCUGAUGAUUCAGGAGAUGAAGGUCUUUCAUAUGAUUGGGAAGCUGUACCUACUAGCAAUGGUUUGCCUGAAAGUGAACCAAUCCAAAAUAUUCAAUCUCAGCAAAUUUCUAGUACUAGUGUUGCAGAUCAUGCUGCAACUGAAUGGACGAUGGCUUCUAUCUUGAAAGAAACAUCUUUACUGAUGAUUCCAAUAAAAAUAAGUAGAGUUGUGAGAUUAAGAGAGUUCCAGGCCAAUACCAAAAUAAUACUUUUUGACUCUUUGAACAUUAAGGAAGAAUUUCUAUUAUACAAAAACAUUAGAGGCACGCUUUCAAACAUAAUUAUCCUGACUAAGAACACGACUAAUACUUUUGAGCAGAUGGAUUCAAUGGGCUUGGCUAUCGUAGGGAGGUACACAGAUGGAAAUGUUACAUUUUCAAGACUACCUUUCACCUCUGAUCAGGACGAAGAAACCGAAGUUGUUCACUGGUCUUGGGAUGAGGAAUUUCACCCAACACUCUUUCCGUUGGACAAGAUGGUACCAGCGUUCAAAUCCAAACCACUGGCACUACUGUUGCGUCAUGAUCCACCUUUUGUCACCGUGAAAUCAUUUCCUGACGGUUCCAAAUACGCAGAAGGUUAUUUAGUUGACCUAUGGAAUUGUAUCACAGAAAGGUUGAAUUUGAGGUAAGUUCAAGAUCAUCCUGCGCAGACGGAUCUACGAGGAAGUGGGGAAGACUCAAAAUUAAAUCCUCGAUCCGAUACUGCCACCCUGAAAUAAUACAUAUAUUAAACCUUCAUAUAUUAUAAUAAAUACUGUAUAAUAUUAAUAAUUUAACUACUU